AUAUGAAGCAUCGUACAUACAUAGUACAUAAUCUACCCACGUGUGUCUGGUUCUGCGGUGGUACAGUCGUGUUUAUCCGAUAUAUGCGGUAGUAGUCGGCAGAGCUUUUCAAUAUGGCUAACAAGACGACCUCAAAGAACGCGCUUAUUGUGUAUGCUCACCAAGAGCCGAAAUCGUUUAACGCAGCACUCAGGGACACAGCCGUGGACACUUUGAGAAAAUCUGGAUAUAACGUCGAAGUGUCGGAUCUGUACGCUCAGGGAUUUGACCCUCGCGCAACCAAAGAUGACUUCACGGGUACUUUGGCCGAUCCCGAUCAUAUGCAAUACCAUCUAGAGGCUAGACAUGCCUAUGUAACGUCAACCAUGUGUGCGCAGACUCAAGCUGAGGUCGACAAAGUCAGAAGAGCUGACGUCAUCGUGUUUCAAUUUCCGAUGUACUGGUUUUCCGUUCCAGCCAUUUUGAAGGGUUGGUUUGAUAAGGUCCUUGUCGCAGGGUUCGCCUUUGAUUAUCCCAACAAUCUAUACGACAACGGUCUUAUGAAGGGGAAGAAGGCCAUCCUUUCGUUGACAACCGGGGGGUCGGGCGUGAUGUUUUCUGACCGUGGACUUAAUGGCGACAUCAACGUAGCACUAUGGCCGAUACAUUAUGGCUUGCUACAGUUUUGUGGAUUCGACGUAAUGCGACCACAUAUUUGCUUCUGUCCUGGUUAUUCAAGUGACGAUCAAAGGAAAGAAUAUCUGGUGAAAUUGACCAAUAGGCUGAAGGGAUUGUACGAAGAAUCUCCACAGAACUUCGUCUCCGUGAACAACUUUGAUCCCAAGAAAGGGUUUGCAAUGACAGAGGAGUACGUUCAGAAGGAGUCUAACAACGCCAAAGCUCCGUCCAUUGGCCACCAUCUAGGAAAGAAGAUUUCAUUACUAUAAAACGUCAACAUUAUUUUUGUAUUGUUUUAAUAAAUGUCAUUUCGUAUUCAUACCUUCAGACAUAUUUAAUACUGAACUGUUAUCCAACAAUGAAGUGGGGAUGUCAUAGACUGUGUGUGAAUAACACAUUUAAGGUUUCAGUUUAAAUCGAUGUUUAGCACAAUAGUCGGAGUAUAACACAAAGAGAAAUCAACGUACUAACUGCAUAUAUCCACGUAGCCAAUAAAUUAAGGGAAUAAUUCGCCACCAAUUCUUAUCACUCAUUUUCGAACGCAUUUUCACGCAAUAUGGUCUAUUGAGAGCAUUUACAUCGUGACUUCGGAACCGUUUGUCUCCCUCAAUACCUAGAGGACAUUCUACAUGUAAUAUAGACCAAGUGUUAUAUUUUGUCCA